GAUACAUUCAGAGCAAAUAAUCCAGCUUCUAUUCCUGUCCUGUUCUCUACCAGGUUCAUCUGUCGGUGAAGAUGGCCUCCAGGGGCAUCUCCCAGGAGACCUUCGACAUGGUAGUGCGUGAGAACAUCGAGGAGUUUGAAAUGGGGCCGGAAGAUGCAGUGAAAGAGGCCAUAGAGCAGUUUGAAUCACAAGGGGUCGAUCUGAGCAACAUUGUAAAGAUGGCACCUAAAGUCUCUGCAGAUGGACACCAGGAGCCCACACACCAAGUGCUGCAGAUCCUGGAGUACCUGCAGGAGUCCGUAGCCUGCUGUCAUCUUCAGGAGGUGUCGGCACACCUUGCCCACUUCUGCGACCAGUGCAAACAGGACAAGGCCUGCCACUUCCUGGCAGCCCAGAAGGGGGCUUACCCCAUCAUCCUUGCCGCCUGGAAGCUGGCUGCUGUGGGCCACCAGGGCCUUCUGCUCCAGGCCCUCAAUGCCCUGUCAUUGCUGGUCAAUGGCCAGCCAGACCUCCUGGACACCCAGGGCCUGCAGCUACUGGUGGCCACACUGGUCCAGAACGCUGAUGUUGCUGACGUGACCUGCUCUGGGAUACGCUGCGUGCGCCACACCUGCCUGAAGCAUGAGCGGAAUCGGCAGGGCCUGGUGAAGGCUGGUGUGCUCCCCCUGCUGACCGGUGCCAUCACCCGGCACAGCCACAGUGCUGAUGUGGUCAGGGAGGCCUGCUGGGCCCUGCGUGUCAUGACCUUUGACGACGACAUCCGUGUGCCCUUUGGCCAUGCCCAUGACCACGCCAAGAUGAUCGUGCAGGAGAACAGAGGGUUGAAGGUGCUCAUUGAGGCCGCCAAAGCAUUCCCCAACAACCCUGGUGUUCUGAGCGAACUCUGCAGCACCUUGUCCCGCCUGGCCAUCCGCAAUGAGUUCUGCCAGGAGGUCGUCGACCUUGGGGGCCUCGGUGUCCUGGUGGCCCUGCUGGCCAACUGCAACGACCACCAGGACCUCGUGAAGCACGUGCUCAGUGCCCUGCGGGCCAUUGCAGGCAACGAUGACGUGAAGGAUGCCAUCAUCCGCGCCGGUGGGACAGAGCCCAUCGUGGCCGCCAUGACACGGCACCUGACCAGCCCCCAGGUGUGCGAGCAGAGCUGCGCAGCCCUGUGUGUCCUGGCCCUGCGCAAGCCAGAGAACAGCCGGGCCAUCGUGGAGAGCGGCGGGGCCCUGGCAGCCUUGCAGGCCAUGAAGGCACACCCACAGGAGGCCGGCGUGCAGAAACAGGCCUGCAUGCUAAUCCGCAACCUGGUGGCCCGCAGCCAGGCCUUUUCACAGCCCAUCCUGGACCUGGGAGCUGAGGGGCUCAUCACGCAGGCCCGCGCAGCCCACCGCGACUGUGAGGACGUGGCCAAGGCCGCCCUGCGGGACCUGGGCUGCCAUGUUGAGCUCCGCGAGCUGUGGACGGGCCAGAAGGGUGACCUGGCACCGUGACCCGAGGCUCAAUUUGGGCUGUGACUCUGGGUGAGUCUUGUGACUCGAGAAUGGGGGAGAUCCAUGUCCUGGCACUCUACCUUCUGCAGCCUGUCCCCGCAUAGUGAGAGGUCUUUGACAGGCAUCAGGUAAAGGCUGCAGGGAGGGGAAUAUUACUGGGGGUGUCUACACAGCAGAAAGUAGCCAUCCCUCUCCAGCUGGCAGCAUGGACAUCACUGUCCUUCCUCAUCCCCACUGUGCCCUUUCAUACCAUAAGGGGUGGAGGGCACACCCCACUGCCCACUGUCCUGUCUGAAAUUUGGCAGCCCCUGGCCAAGGGCUGGGGACUAAGGCUUGUCUGUCUCACGGGGGUCCCAGGCCCACCGUGGUGCCUGGUAAUAAAAGACACUGGACAAACA